AUGCCUGGGUUAACCAACGCGGUCCAAAGUUUCGGCCCAAACAACCCCGACGUAACCAACGAGAAGACCAAGAUGAAAGACCUAGCGCCACAGCAGAUGAAACCACCCCUAGAUUCUGAUAUCCAACGCGGAACCGUAUCAACAGACCCUACCAACGGCAACGGCCUCCAUCGUACGCUAGGCAAUCGCCAGAUACAGCUCAUAGCAAUCGGCGGCUCCAUCGGCACCGCUAUAUUCCUAACAAUUGGCUCAGCCUUGUCCCGCUCUGGGCCUGGGAACUUAUUGAUUGCCUUUCUUCUUCACUGUACUGUUCUCGCUUGCGUAAAUGACUGCAUGGCAGAGAUGACUGUUUUCAUGCCUGUGGGUGGUGGGUUUAUCCGCCUCGCGUCGAAAUGGGUCGACGAAGCCUGGGGGUUCAUGGCUGGUUGGAACUUUUUCCUUUACGAGGCGCUGAAUAUUCCUUUUGAAAUCACUGCCAUUCAUACCAUUCUGUCUUUUUGGCGGGAUGAUAUCCCUGUUGCGGCUGUGUGUGCGGCAUGCAUUGUUCUCUACGCUUUCCUGAAUAUCCUUGUUGUUAAAAUCUACGGCGAAUCGGAGUUCUGGCUCUCCAGCGGCAAGGUCAUCUUGAUUCUGAUGCUAUUCUGCUUCACGUUCGUGACAAUGGUAGGAGGCAACCCACAAGGUGACGCAUUUGGAUUUCGCUACUGGCAGACCCCCGGUCCAUUCGCAGAAUACCUUCAUAAUGGGGACUUGGGCAGGUUCGAAGGCUUCCUCGCAGCUCUAUGGUACGCGGCAUUCACCUGCGUUGGACCGGAAUAUGUGUCCAUGAUCGCAGGCGAAGCCAAGCAUCCCCGAAGGUACCUCAAGGCCGCCUUCAAAACUGCCUACUGGCGUUUUGGUAUAUUCUUCAUCGGUAGCUCUCUGUGUGUGGGUGUGUUGAUUCCCUAUAACCAUCCCACCCUCCUCGCCGCAGCGAACAGCGACUCCGCACAAUCUACCACAACCUCGUCCCCGUAUGUUAUCGCAAUGAAUAACCUCGGCGUCAGCGUGCUGCCCCAUAUCGUCAAUGCCCUGCUAGUGACGACGAUUUUUUCCGCAGGUAACACCUACGUCUACGCCGCGUCGCGGAGUCUCUACGGUCUAGCUCUCGACGGCAAAGCGCCCAAGAUCCUCCGCAAAUGUACAAAGAAGGGGAUACCAAUCUAUUGCUUUGUUGUUGUUAUGGCAUUCUCCUUCCUAUCCUUCCUGCAGUUAUCCAACGGCUCAGCUACCGUCUUAACCUGGCUCGUGAAUCUGCUCAGCGGCGCGGCAGUUAUCAAUUUCAUUGCCAUAUCCGCGACCUACAUCCGUUUCUACAAAGCCUGUAAGCACCAGCGCCUCGAUAGAGGUACGUUCCGGUAUAAAGGUUGGUUCCAGCCGUGGGCUGGGUAUUUGGCGUUCUGCUGGAUGCUCACUAUUGCGAUUUGUUACGGGUACGCGAGUUUCACGCCCUGGAGCGUCGCAGAGUUCUUUACGCAUUACACCAUGAAUUUACUUGCGGUUGUGAACUUUCUGGGCUGGAAAUUGGUCAAGCGGACUACGAUGCUGUCCCCUGAGGAUGUCGAUCUGCAAUGGGAGGCGCCUGCGAUUACGGCGUACGAGGAGGCUGCCGCUGCCAGUGACCCGCCGACUAGUUUCUGGGCGGAGAUGUUUCUGUUCCUGCGUCGGCCGCGAGUUUCGCAGAAGGCUGCCUGAGGAGGUUUA